UACUCAACAGUUCGUGAGUGUAAGUCUGGAAUGAUAGUAUAAACACGCGAAAAAUGGCAAGGGAUGGAUUUGAGGUGGCGGUGAACGGAAUAAAUAAUAAUUACAAACAUUCAAACGGAAAAACUAAUGGCAUUAGAGCAUAUUCAAAUGGACAUAAAGUGAAUGGAACUUAUAAUAAAGUACAGUCUACCAAAAGUAUUCCUUCAUUUAAAGAACAUUUUGAACAAACACCUCUUGGUGUUGCAAUAUGGACAUAUUUAGGAUAUGCUAUCUUAGUUGUGAUUGGACAAAUUAGAGAUUUCCUACGCAGUAUUGGAAUCGAGAAGAUCAAAUCAUGCACGGAGCCAAAAUUACCAGGGUUUGUACCACUUUUUCAAAGCUGGGAAAGUUUCUACACAAGAAAUUUAUACAGAAGAGUCCGAGAUUGUUGGAAUCGCCCAAUAGGAAGUGUGGCUGGGGCAGAGAUGGACGUUCUGGAAAGGGUCAGCCAUGACCAUGGAUGGAAUUUUGAAUUGACUGGGAAAAAACAGAGAGUAUUGAACCUUGGUUCGUAUAAUUACCUGGGAUUUUCACAGAACGAGGGACCAUGUGCUGAAGCAGUGGAAGAGAUUGUUCAGAAGUAUGGUGUUGGGACGUGUGCUAGUCGCCAGGAAUUGGGUUAUCUUGACCUCCACAGAGAACUUGACACCCUGGUGGCAGAGUACUUGGGAGUCGAAGAUGUCAUUACUGUCCCCAUGGGAUUUGCAACAAAUUCUAUGAAUAUGCCUCUCCUAGUAGGCAAGGGUUGUCUAAUUUUGAGUGAUGAGUUAAAUCAUGCAUCACUGAUUUUGGGUUCCCGCUUGUCGGGAGCUUCCAUUAGAACAUUCAAACAUAAUGAUAUGGAAGAUUUAGAGAGUAAAUUACGUUACGCUGUGACAGAAGGGAUGCCAAGGACACACAGACCAUGGAAAAAGAUACUCAUUGUUGUAGAAGGUAUAUACAGUAUGGAGGGUUCAAUAGUCAGACUUCCAGAUAUAAUCCGGUUAAAAAAGAAAUACAAAGCAUAUGUCUAUCUGGAUGAGGCACACAGCAUUGGAGCCCUGGGGCCUCAUGGGAAGGGAGUGGUCAAUUACUUUGGUGUUAAUCCAAAAGACAUUGACAUCAUGAUGGGGACAUUUACAAAAAGUUUUGGUGCUGCUGGCGGUUACCUGGGAGGUACAAAGAAUUUGAUCAACCACCUGAGAGUGUCCUCUCACUCAGCAAUUUAUUCCAGUUCUAUGCCAGUGUGUGUGGUUCAGCAGGUCCUGUCAUCUAUGAAAAUAAUGCUUGGCAAAGACGGCACAGAUGAAGGGAAGAAAAGAAUAGACACCUUGGCAUGGAACACCACCUACUUCAGAACAAGAAUGAGAGAGAUGGGAUUUAUUGUGUAUGGAAAUGAUCACUCACCAGUUGUUCCAACUCUGUUAUUUAUGCCUGGGAAAAUUAGUUGCCUUAGUAGAGAGUGUUUGCAGAGGGGAUUGGGAAUCGUGGUGGUAGGGUUUCCAGCAACCCCCAUUAUUGAGUCCAGGGCAAGAUUCUGCCUGUCUGCAGCCCACACAAAGGAAAUGUUAGACAAGGCUUUAAAUAUUCUGGAUGAAGUAGGAGAUUUAUUAAAGUUGAAAUAUUCAAGAUUAAAACCACAGAAAGCUGUAACAGAAAGUGAAGAGAAAGAGCCCAAAAAUGGUACCAGAUCUCACAGUGAGUAGGUGUAAAGUGUAUGGAUGAUCAGUGGGAUUCCUUAAAGCAUGAUCGCAAAGUCCAUCCAUUCCUCAACAAAUGUUGUCUUACAUGAUAGUGUUAUGACAUCUGUUCCUUCCAAUGACAGCAUGCACCAGUGGCUUCACAAGCCACAUGACUAGAGAGAGAGAGAGAGAGAUGCUGGCAAUGCAUGGCAUACAUCUAUAUUUUCUUUAUAAACUGAAUUCAUUUUGUCAUUAUCCAACACGUUCAAGUCAAAGUUGGCUGAAUGUUUGUUUCAUGCUGGAGUUAUUAGUGCUGUUCAUGUGUAUAUUUUUAUUAAGAGUUUUCUAUUGAUACUGUAUAUUUAAAAUGGCAGGCUUUGCAUAGUUGAUGCUGUUUAUAUCACAAAUCAUAUAUAAUUUCUUACUGUGUACAAGGGUUUUGUAGAUUUAGAUUUAAAGAUUGUAAAGCAGGUUAUAAUUGAAUAUUGAAUGAAUUCUGUUGAGAUACAUGUAUGUGUUGCUGAAAAUUGUUGGAAAUUAAACUUAGCAUACUAGAUGAUUCUUACACACAAAUUAUAAAACAUAUUUUUGAAUACAUAAAUUGUUAUUUAUUUUAUUAAGAAAGGCUCACAAAUAUAUUCACAUUAAAUUAGUUGGACAAUGCUAAUACAAAAUCACACUAUAUAUUAAUGCUUUAUUUUUCUUGUACAUAAUUUUCUUUUUUUUUCUAUUAUUUUAAUGACAUUAUUUAUGAGUUUAUGACUUUUUUUUUCAUUUUAUGCCAUCUUAAGUGUAUUUCUUCUAUGACAUUGCUAUCAGUGCAUGAACAAAUAAUAUGUUGAAAAAAGCUUGACCCUGUGGUAUAAAGCAUGACCCCAUGGUGUAAAGCAUGACCCUGGUGUGUAAGGUCUGUUUUAUUCAAUGGGCGAUAUCCACUACAAGAAUGUAUUAAUUUAACUAUAACACUUGUUGGUUUGUACUUUCACAAUGUUACUAUAUUCAUGGUUGUGCUAUGGUUUAUUACUUUUAUAUGCAUGAACAACAUUUAGCAAUAGACUCAUAGAUGCAAGUCAUUCCAUUGUUCAUAUUUGAUGUUACUUUAUUUGAUUAACACAUAUCAUAGUUAUUAUAAUCAAAACCUAGGUAUGUUUCAUUGGAGAUCUACAAAGCCCACAUGAAUAAAAAUGAGUGGAUGUUGCUGCCAUUACAUUUUAAGUAUUUAAGUGGUUAUUUUUGGACACAUACAUGCUAUUUAUAUUUAUUUCAUACUAUGGUUAGAAACCUUUAUCACAUUUCACCCUUAUUUAUUUUCAUUGUUCAUAAGUCCACAGCUAUUAAGGUAGUUCUAACUAUCCCUCUAUAAGUUCAUAUUUUUUUUCUCUUUGUUUAUUUGACCACUGACAACAUUAAGGUUAUAGGAGUUUGUGGGUUUUUACAUAUUUUUAUACUAAUGCAUAAACUACCAAAGCAGAAUUGCAUUUGCUCACCAAGUACUAUACCUCUCCCAGUUUUCUGUUUUUUUUUUUUUUUUGUUUUUUGUUUUGAUUGUUAAAGACAAAUAAUUUUAUUUGUGCUGUUAAAUGCAUCUCACACUGUACAAAUUUGUAUUUUUGCUGCAGUUUUGUUUUUCAGUGUUUUUGCCUCAAGAUAAAUGAAACUAACCCAGUGACAUUAACAUACACAGUAAAUCAAUAGAAAAACGGACAAGUCAAAUGAAAAAAAUAAAUAAAUAAAAUGAUUUUUUUGGGGGGUAUAGAAAAACAUGAAAAUUAAUUACUGUAAGCAAAUUUUACGUUGUAGACAGUAUUUAUUGUGUAUAAUAUCAUAUAUGCAUAAUAAUUUUCAAAAGUGAAAAAACACCUUUUUUUGUGAAAGUUAGGAGAGACAAAUUACUGCAAAGUUAAUUAAACUUUUUUACGAUUCUAAGACUUAUAAGUGUUUAUAAAUACAUGUACUGAAAUUUUUGACCAUUGUUGGGUUCAGUAAUGCAAUUUAACAAGAGGGAAGUAAGGGGGGAUUUGACUUUUCUUUAACUUAGAAUGUCUUCAAAAUUGAUGAAAGGUUACCCAGUGAUUUAUUUCCAAUUGUACAUGUCUGUAGGAUAUGUCCUGCAACAUUCAGUCUUUAUUUAGUUUACUUACUAGCAUUUUUUUCUCAGUCUCCAAGAGUGCAGAUUUUAUUCACAGUUUACUUAUGGUUUACCAGCAUAUGUGCCAUUUUGAUAUAUAUGUAUUUAUCAACUGCUAUUUAGUCACUUUUUGCUAAUUUGUAACAGUGAUACUUUUGUACGUUUAUUUUUUACAAUUAUUAUUUUUGUUUGUGUGUGACAUUAUAGCUUUUCUUUUUGUAUUUUUAUCUCAAGGCUUAAUUUAAGUGAACUUUUAUGUACUGUUUGAAGAUUGUCUGAUGUCUGUGUCCAUCUGUAAAUGGGAUUCAGGUUGGCUCAAAAAACAGACCUUUCUUCCCUAUUAAGGAACAUUAAAAAUGAAGUAAUAUAUGAUGAGCAUUUGAAUAUCAUUGGGUUUUUUGGGCCAGAAGAGACAGCCUUAUGGGAUAUUUUUCUUAUCCAGUACAUAAUUAUCUUUAGUCUGAGACCACAAAUGGGGCCCAAAGUGUAAAAGGAAUUUGGGUGAGAGGUGUGUCCCAUGAGCCUUUUGCAACCAUUGUGACCACCAAAUCUAUAUUCAGCUCACCUGAGCCAAAGCAAUGGCCACUUGCUUGUCUAUGACUCUCCAUGGGGCAAUAAGAUUCUUAUUGUCAUUUGAGAAGAGACGGGUUUGAAAAAUAAUAUAUGUUGAACAGAUGUAAAUUUUAAGAUAAGAAACAGUGAUUGUGUGUAAAAUUAAUAUGUUGAAAUCCAAAAUAUCAUGUUUUUAUGUUAAGAAGAAUAAAUCUUUUUUUUACUA